UUAGACAGUGAAUUUCUUGGGCGGCUUCAGUCGUUGCCUGUCAACAAAACGAUGCGAACGUGUCCAAAAGCCUUGCUCUUCAAGAAAAUAAGAAUUAAUACUUGAAUUUAUUCGCGAAACGGACUGAAGAACUUUCGAUUUGGGAGUCAAGUGGAAACACUGCUGGCCAAAUAAGCAAAUCGUUUUCUAAAAGGCGAAUUAUAUUCAAAUCCGAAUCGACCAAACGUAAUUUUAAACCAGAGAUAUAAACCCGUGAAUAUUUAAUAAGCCAGAAAUACGCACAAACUGCACAUCAAAGAAACGUGUUCUCUUGCCCAGAAAUAAUCUUUACAAAUCUAACAACAAAAAAACUGCCGAAAAACGCAAUUUGGCCAAGAAACCGCAGCGUGCAACAUGUGACGUCACAGGCAUAAAGUAUGGAGAGCAUAUUAAAAUAUUUUCCAUUUAGCUGGAUUAGUAUGCAUUGUCGCAUUGACUGCCACAUAACAAGUGGAAAUUAGCAGGCAGCUACUGUAGCUGAAUCAAAAUGGAAGGUGGAUGGUGGCGAGGAGGAGGAGGAGGAUGUUUGGGCGGGAAAGCCAUCAUGGAAGGACACUCGACACCAAAUGGGGCAGCUGCAAGCCGCAGAAACAGCAGCACAAGGACCAACAUCGCGACCAACGGCUGUGCCCAUUCGGGCAUCCUGUUAUUUGUGCUGACAGCGAUGACACUAACGAGCUUAAUAACGCCCACAGAGCAGCUGGCAGUGGCGCCAAAUGGAACCACUCUGCAGCAACUGGAGUCCGUGGAGUCCGAGUCGUAUCCAUCCAUAAAUGGCACUCUGAAUGAAACAAUGGUGACCAGUGUGCGACCCCACCUGGACCACAGGAAUCGACCGACGCAGCAGAAUGGCAGUCACUAUUUGGAGUACGACGAUGAUGGCCCGGACUGUUCGUACAGCUACAACUUCAUCCUGAAGCUCAUCACGAUGAUCCUGUACGCACUGGUCUGCAUCAUUGGGCUGUUUGGCAACACCCUGGUGAUCUAUGUGGUGAUGAGGUUCUCCAAGAUGCAGACCGUAACCAACAUAUACAUCCUGAAUCUGGCCAUCGCGGACGAGUGCUUCCUGAUCGGCAUUCCCUUCCUGCUCUACACAAUGCAGGUGGGCAACUGGCCCUUCGGCAACUACAUGUGCAAGGCCUACAUGGUGAGCACCUCGAUCACCUCCUUCACCUCCUCGAUCUUCCUGCUGAUCAUGUCAGCGGAUCGCUACAUAGCCGUGUGCCAUCCCAUAUCCUCGCCUCGCUACCGAACGCCCUUCGUAUCAAAGUUGGUUUCGGCCUUCGCCUGGAUGACAUCCGUACUGCUGAUGCUGCCGGUUAUCCUUUUUGCCAGCACCGUGCAGUCGAGCAACGGCAAUGUGUCCUGCAACAUCGAGUGGCCAGACACCCAGAACUCGCACACCGAUUCCACCUUCAUUUUGUACUCCCUGGUCUUGGGAUUCGCCACUCCACUGACCUUCAUCCUGGUGUUCUACUGCCUGGUGAUCAGGAAGCUUCACACCGUGGGACCCAAGCACAAGUCUAAGGAAAAGAAGCGCUCUCACAGGAAGGUCACCAAGCUGGUGCUCACGGUCAUAAGUGCGUACAUAUUUUGUUGGCUUCCGCACUGGAUUUCACAGGUCGCUUUGAUCAGCUCGGCUCCACAACGAUGCGCAUCCCGUCUGGAGCUGGCCGUCUUCCUGGCCUGCGGAUGCCUCAGCUACUCCAACUCGGCCAUGAACCCAAUACUCUACGCCUUUCUGAGCGACAACUUCAAGAAGAGCUUCAUGAAGGCCUGCACAUGUGCUGCCCGCAAGGAUGUGAAUGCCCAGUUGCAGCUGGAGAACAGUUUCUUCCCCAAGUUCGGCAAGGGCAGGCAAUCGGAGCGUCUUCUCGGUGGCAAUGGAAAAGGUGGCGCACAGCGUGGGGCAUUAACCAAGAAGAAGUGCUUGGCGGCGAGAAACAACAAUGCUCCGAUGGCCACUACAACGACGACGACAACCACCACGACGGGCACGGAUGCGGUGACCUGUCUCCAGCCGCCAGUACAACAGGUGCCAGCCGAGAUCCAGGUGGGAAAUCCGGCCACCGUGCUGGUGGUCAAUGCUGAGACCAACAACUGUAAACCGCCCGUGCUCCACACGGACUUAUAAGACCGGGCUCCCUCGAUGCCCCUGGAAACGGUGGUCUUUAUCGCGCGCAGGUGAGACCAUCAGGUUGAGCUGGACCUCGAUACGGCCAUCGAUCGCCAGCUAGCGAGGCAGUCGGAAUGCUUGCUAUAGGUCGCCUAAAAUGAUAUUAACAUUUUAUACCAUUACGGCAGAGCUUUGCAAAAACGGGUAAAUUCAAUCCCAUUUUUAUAUGAUCGAAUCUCAGCAAGAAAGAAUUUUUAAAAACCCGAAUAAAUAAUCCUUUGUUUAUUAUAAAUUAUAUAUACGUAGAUGUAUAAGCUGUUUGUAUAUUUAUCCCUACUAACAGGCCGAAGUAGUUUUUGGAAACUUUCUCAACUUUUUACAUUUUUUCAUAACGAAAGUAUUUAAAUGCUGGUUUAAAAAGUAUAGGUAUUAAUAAAUAAACGUAGCUAUUUAAUAAAUAAACAAAGUUCUGAUAUAAUAAUAAAUAGUUUGUUAAGUCACUUUAAGUUGUUCUAGUUCUUAUGACAGAAACAGAAGCCACGAGGCAAGGAAAGCAGUUAACUGUAGCUAAUAUCAUAUGUUUGCCGUUUUCGCAUUUGCGAGCUUAUCAGAUAAGGGUUUGUAUAAGUUUAUCAUACAGAGUUAAAAAGUGUGCAUUCUUUAACUGUCGUUUUCAGAUUUACAUACUCCUGUAGGAUAAGAUUAAAAACCUUUUAGUGUUGGUAUGCUAGAAUAAGUUUGUGUAGCUGGUUGUGGAGCAGUUUGAAAAUUGGAAAAGUAACGAAUGUUAGCCAAAGGUUUAAUCUUAAUGUUCAAGAAAAGACUUUGGAGAGCCAUUAAAAUUUGUAUUUAAUGUCGACUAUUUGCAAGGAUUCACUAAAGUAAAAAUCUAAAUACAAAUAUUCCAUAAAUGCAAAUAAUUCCAUUGGAAAUAAAACUUACAAUGUACUCAAUAUAAGCUCUACAAAUCGAAUUAAACUGCAAUGUGAUUGUUUAAAAACCAUGAACGGAAAAAAGGACAAUUUGCAUAACGAUUCAUAACAAUAAUCUUAUACGAAGAUUAAUUAGCUGUGUAUAUUUUAUUUUACAUUAAGCUAAUCGUUUUUUUGAACACAUGCGUGCAUUAAAUCAAUUGUGCAUUCAAUGAUGAUAAUUUAAUUCAGCGAAUACUAAUGAAGUAAUACCAACACAUUUGUGGCCAUAAAUAUUAAAUAGUGUAAAAAGAUAGCAAACAAAUACAGUUACAAUAGAACUCUUCUUCAUUGUUUGUAUAACACAAAAUAGUUGUACAAUAAAACUGUUCAAACAAACUCACAGUAAACUUUGACUUUAACUUAAUUAUCGUAAACAAAAGCCCGAAUUAUCGUUGGGAAUGUGGGAAAUCACUUUUCUCCUAAAAUGUAUUUGUACUUUUGGAAGUAACAUAGGCUAAUGUGUACGUUUAAUAAAUAAAACCAAAUAAUAUGUACUAUUAAUUGUCCAAAAAAUACAGGAAAACGAAGAAAACCAAAGAGAUAAAUGUAACAUUUUUCAAUUUUAAGUGUAACUUAAUUGAAGCUAUUCGUAAGUGCUUAAAAAUCUAAAUAAAAAUAAACAGUAUUUUAAAAGAA